GCUUUUUCUUAUCUUGAGUAUAUCGAUUAAGCUUAUGUUCAUACCGAUAUUCUGCAAAUUAAGAAGAAGCUUCUAGUAACUUCAUUGUUGUUGACCUCAAACUGUUGUUUUCUUGGAAACUGAUUUCUGAGAAAAUGUUUUGUUAGUUGUUUAUGGAGAUGUGUUUAGGAUGUAAUUAGUGAGUACUUAUUAGUAUGGAGAUGUGUUUAGGAUGUAAUUAGCGUGUACUUAUUAAUAUUGUUAAAGGUAUAUUUAAUGUUAGAUAGUGUUUUGGUGGUGGAGGAGUUUUUGGAGUUGGAUACGCAUCUCUCUAUGGAUUAGAUUUGAUGGUCAAAUUGGUGGUGAAUUUAUGUUGUUGAAUCAGGACCGUUAAAAAUUAUGCGGUUAAGAAAUCCUGAUUGAGACUGAUACCCGGAAUCUUGCUACUGUCUCAAAGUCUAGGAAUCAAAUCCUUUUAAUUUACCUUCCCCCAGAUUCUUUCUCACUCAAAUCCUUCACUUUCUAACAAUUGUCAACAUGCCCAAUCUUGUUCCAACAAAUACAAACAAACACUUUUCUUGUUGAGAUUGUUUUACACGUCUCCUAUUGAGUAACUUAUCCAAGAAAUAGAAAAUGAAGUGUAACCAGAUUGUUGGAAGACAUUUGUUUUUCAUUUUAGUUCCUUUAUUUCUUUCUUUUCAUAAUUCAGAUGAACUUUCGAUAGUACUAGCUUUAAGAACAUUGUAUUCUACUAUGAGUAUUUUACAAGGACCUGGGAGUUAAAGCCCAGGAGCUUGCGCAUUUCGUCCUUAUUCUUGAAUCUCUGCUUUGCAUUUGAUAGAUAGACUUUUCCUCAACAAGUUGGUAAUCAGAGCAAUGACAGAACUAAAAACUUUGAUCUGCAUGAAAUUUUUUAGGUAAAAGCUAACAAGGAAUGGCUUUAGAUUAUGGAUUCAUGUUACUUUCUCUUUGAUCUCAGGAUUGCAUUUUGAUUAUUCCUUUCUAGAAUCUAGAUUCGACUAUAUUCUACCAUCAUGUGAAGCAUGUCAUGAAAAUUGAGUGAACAGUAUUGGUUCUCUCAUCAGUAGUAGUACAACUAUGUGCUUCAUCCUCCAUCCAUACAUCUUGCAUAAUAACCAGAAGCUUUAAAUACUUUACGGACAAUCUAGCUGUAAAAGUACAUCGGUUUAUUGAAUUUAUAUUUCAAUGGACUGCUAUUUUCACCCACGUACAUUUACUUGCGCUUUUAUUAGGUCAUCUUUGGCAGGUAAAAUGCCACUUUAAUUUGCUAUUGCUGUCAUCAUGGAUUAGGCCAGUCAGCUGCUAUAGAGCAAAUUUGGCUACUUUCUAUGUAAAGGAAGAAAGGGAAGUAUUUUUAUUGACUACAGAAGUGUUGUUCAUAUGGCAAGAAGAUAUGGGCCUUAUUUCGAUCCUGAGUAUGAGACCUUAAGUAUCAGAAUAAAUCCUCCAAGGGUAUCUGUGGACAAUGCGAGUUGCAAGGAUUGCACACUAGUGAAGGUUGACAGUGUCAACAAACCUGGAAUACUGCUGGAAGUGGUGCAAAUCCUAACAGACCUUGAUCUUGUAAUUACCAAAGCCUACAUAUCCUCUGAUGGCGGGUGGUUCAUGGAUGUAUUUCAUGUUACUAAUCAACAAGGCAACAAAGUUACAGACAGCAACACUAUUGGUCAUAUAGAAAAGGCGCUAGGACCUGAAGGUUACACAUCAGGCAUAUUGAAGCCUUGUCCAGGUAGAAAGGUAGGAGUGAACUCUGUGGGUGAUUAUACCACCAUUGAGCUUAUAGGAAGUGAUCGUCCGGGUCUUUUAUCAGAAAUUUCUGCUGUACUAGCCAAUCUUCAUUUUAAUGUCGCUGCUGCUGAAGUUUGGACCCAUAAUAGGCGCACAGCAUGUGUCCUUUAUGUCAAUGAUAAUUGUUCCUCACUUGAUGUGGAUGAAGAAUCCAGAUUAUGUGUCAUGGAAGAGCAACUCAAUAACAUUCUUCGUGGACGGGAGGAUGAUGAGAGUGGGGCUCAUGCUACUUUCACAGUUGGCAGUACUCAUGUUGAUCGGCGGCUUCAUCAGAUGUUCUUUGCUGAUAGGGACUACGAAGGUGGUUGUCUCGAAAUGGAGAUAGAAUACCCUCCUAGCUUCAAACCAGAAGUCAGAAUUGAAAGCUGUGUCGAGAAAGGGUACUCAGUGGUCAGUGUAAGUUGCAAGGAUAGACCAAAGCUUAUGUUUGACAUUGUAUGCACCCUCACAGACAUGCAGUAUGCUGUUUUCCAUGCCACUAUCUCAUCUGAUGGUCCCUAUGCAUCACAGGUAAUCUCAUUAUGUUGUUCUGAUGAUUGCUAGUCUGAAAAAAAAAAUUGAAAAAAAAUGAAAAAAAAAGUCUGCUAAGAGGCAUAUUCUGUAUGAGAUAAACUAACAUAUGGAGGAUAAAUCAUUCUAUUUAACAAUACUUCUAUUUUAAGAAAUUUCCAUUUAACAAUGUCAAUUCUGGAUCCGCCACUGUUUAGUUAGUAUCAUCUUAUUAAAUAAAAGUUCAAUUGUUAUAGAGGGAGCUCCAAUUGGUCUCAAUUUUUUCAGUGAGAGCAGAAAGAUCAGAACCGAAAGCAUCAGUGAUAUGAUUGCCUUGCUUGAGUUUCUGAAACUACCUUUACCCCAUUAAAACUCCUAUUAAACAUGUCUACCUUAGAAGUAUUUUCAUCCGUCAUCUUUUUGUU